AUGUUGAACACGCUUUCUGCCAUGUUAUUGUUCGCCAACGCCCACUCGCCCAUCGUAGCCGGAUCUGCCUUGCCAUGCGUCCAUGACACCUUCUCUAGCAUUGCGCUACACAGCACUCAUAUCCGGCCAAUCAGCGCAAGCAUGGCUAAUGUGACAGCCCCCAAGACUAUGGCCAACUUUUGGCCUAUAGAAACGCCAAUCUCUGUCCAAGUGUGCAAUGCCACCGUCCAAUACACCCACCUAGGCUGGAACGACACCAUCAACACUUUUGUCCAUCUGUCUGUCUCGGUUGACUGGAAUGUACGUCUUCUUGGAACCGGAGGCAGCGGCUGGGCCACCGGCCAGAUUGCUGGCCUGGUGCUUCCUGCGACGAAAGGCUUUGUUUCUGUGGCGACUGACGGUGGCCAUUCCACGUCGCCGCUUGCGCCUGCUGCAGAUUGGGUCUUGGCAGCCAAAGUGAAUAUCAACUGGAACCUUUUGAACGAUUUUGCGUCUGUUGCGCUGGAUGAUGCAGCGAUACUGGGUAAAGAGGCUGUGGCUGCCUUCUACGGAUCACGCUCCAAUAAGAUAUAUUUUUUUAAAGCAGUUUAA